CAGUCAAGUGAAAUGGACAACCAAUCUACCGUGUCAGACUUCAUUCUGCAAGGAUUUUCCAAUGAUCUUGAUGGACAAAUUUUGCAUUUUGUGAUGUUUCUGUUCAUCUACUUAAUAGCCUUAAUGGGGAAUCUUCUCAUCAUUAUUGUUGUGGGCUUCAACCCUUACCUUCACACCCCCAUGUAUUUCUUUUUGGUCAACCUAUCAGUGUCAGACAUUUGCUACAUAUCGACAACUAUACCCAAAUCCAUGUCCACUGUGUUGACAAAUAACCAACGGAUUUCUUUUGCUGGAUGUGUUGCCCAAGUUUUCUUAGUGGCAGUUUUUGGUAGCUCUGAGCUUGCCUUUCUCACUGUCAUGGCUUAUGACCGUUAUGUGGCCAUCUGUCACCCUCUGCAAUAUAUGCUGAUCAUGAACAGAAGUACAUGCAUCCAAAUGGCAGCAAUAUCCUGGUUCAGCAACUUGAUCAAUGCAUUAUUACAUACUAUAUUCACUUUCAGGUUCAAUUUUUGUAGGUCCAAUAUAAUUAGCCAGUAUUUCUGUGAUAUUCCUCAACUGCAAAAGAUUUCUUGCACUUCUACAAGAGUCAGCCAGGUUCUGGUUCUUAUCAAUGUUUUCACUGUGGACUCAUUAUGCACUGGAUUCAUCUUUGCUUCUUAUGGCUACAUCUUCUCUGUUGUGCUCAAGAUUCUGCCAGUUGAAGGCAGAUCCAAAGCAUUGUCUACCUGCAUUCCUCACUUGAUCGUCUUUAUUCUGUUCAUCAGCACAGCUGUGUUUUCAUACAUGAGGCCCAAAUCCCUGUCCUCUAGAACCAUGGACUUGCUGUCUGCAGUCUUGUACACAGUUCUGCCACCACUACUGGAUCCCAUCAUUUACAGUUUCCGGAACAAGGAUAUCCAAGAUGGCAUAUGGAAAAUGUUAAAAUAG